AAGGACAAAAAAGUUACUGAAAAGGGAUAAGGUCUGAUGUCACUUUCAGUCUGUGGAGUUCCAAGGUAUUUAGUGGAAAUAUGCAGCAUGCCUCCCUCUGGAGGAGACAUUUUUUCAUAUCUCCUCCUCAUACAUACAUAUGGAGUGCACUGUCUGAGAACAUACUGACUGCUGUCUGCUGUUCUCACUGCCCUGUUAUAUGCGUUGUGCUGGGCUUUAUGUUUUUUGUCUCUGCUGUGUGGUGGUGUGUUGUUAUUGUGCCGUCACACACAUUUUGUGCCGUUUUUUUUGUUACUUCACAUUAUGUUAAGUUGCACUGCGUUGUGUCGCUAUGCUAAAGCUACACCAAAGCAGGAGUCCAUACUGGAGGGAACUGAAGAUCCUGUGCCCUCUGCCAGUACCUCCUCCAUUGCUCUGACAGAAGAGGAGCAGGAGGAACUGCGUAAGGAGCUAGCCAAGGUGGAAGACGAGGUCCGUACCCUUUCUCAGGUUCUGUCCUUGAAAGAGAAGCGUCUCGGGGAGAUCAAAAAGAAGCUGGGUAUCACCCCGUUCGGUGAGCUCAAACAGAGCCUCACCAGGAGCUGGCAGCAGGUCACUACAUCCACAGCGUACAAGAGGACAUCAGAGACUCUGACCCAGGUGGGGCAGAGGGCCACAGCAGCACUCUCCACUGCAGGCGCAACCAUGAGCAGAAGGCUGGAGGAGGUCAGGAAUUCUCCUACAUUCAAGUCCUUUGGGGAAGGAGUGGAGAACUUAAAGACAAAGAUGAGUCCUCAGACAUCCCCACAGACAGCUAGCAGGGAUGUGGCUGAGGGGCUGAGUCCUGCGGAGAGUGCCAGCCCCACAGAGGUCAGGCACCAGGACGCCUCAGAGGAGAGUGAAGAGCUCCACUGAGUAGCCACUCCUGCAUAUGAUUGACCUCUUCUCUGGCCCAUAUACCACUGCACUACCCCCCCCAUCCUUCUCCUUCUCCUUCUCUUCCUCGGCACUUCUUCCUUCUACUUUUUGACCUAAAACUAAGAAGAAAACCCUAAGAAUAUGAAUGAACAAAAAACUGUUAGACAGUCUUUCACAAGACACAUUUAUGUUUAGUGGCACAUUUACCAGGUAAAGAACUGUUAAACCUAAACACUAAACAGAGCAUAGUAGAAGUUGUCAGGGCCUUUAAACAUUCCAGAAGUAUUCUGAAUAAUGCAAUUAAGAGUGCAAAACAAAAUUCUUAAGCAGUUAGGAGUAUAUUCAUAACUUCCAGCAAAGUCAUAAGAGCAACUGAUUGUACUUGACCAUUGAAUGGUGUCUAGGAAAAUUGUGAUGUUCAUGAAUGUGCAAUGUUUUCCCCAUUAGUAGGUAGGACCAAAACACUACUGCUUUCAUUCUAUUACAAAACUUAAAGCAAAUAUAACAGAGUAGAAUCUGUUAGCAGAGGCCAAGCUGAUAUUGCAUGUCUGUAGAUUACACACUAAUUGAUUGUGUCAUGCUCUGAAAGGGCCUUGGUUUUAGGACUACUUUAGAGAGCACCCUUACCUUAAGUGAGCUCUCUCAACAGUGUAGUGGUUAAUGGGACUCUGCAUUGGGUUUGCAACAUUAAUUACAGUAUAAUCACUUUUGUGGAUGACUUUCUAAACUGAUUUUGAAUCUGUUUGAAUUACCUAUGAGCUCUGUGAAUCCAGCCAUUGAUUUUUUUUUUUCUUCAUGGGGGCUAGAAUGUGUUUGUCACUUAAAAGGUUUUGGUGGGGAAUGUGCUAUGCUGGGUACUGGACAGUUCCACAAAGAGCUGUAUUGUAAAGUCCGUGUCUUGUGUCCCCGUUAUGGAAAAAAAGCCAAGCACAUGGUGGCCUACAGUGUCUACAGAGAUGCACUUUUGAUUGCUGAAAACAUUUUUGCUGUAUCCAAAAAUGCUUAUCCAAAUGAUGCUUAAAAGGCCUUAUUUUGCAGUUGAAAUGACCAAAUGUGAUCUGAAGUAAAGAAAAGGAGCUGCAUUGUUCCUUUCUGCAUCGCUUGUAGUUUUGUGGUAUCAAGAAGGCUGUUUACUUCGACUUCAGUAUCAACUGUAGUUGAUAUUGAUGUUGUAUACUGUACAAUAACAAUAUC